AUGAGUAAUCAUGGCUUUACUUGCUUUCCAAGACUUCCGCUCGAUCUAAGACAAAACAUUUGGCGAUAUUCUUGCCAUGAGAGAAGGAUCGUCGACAUCUGGACCGUGGAACUUGGAGAACUUAGCAUGCAUGCAAUGGGUACCCCACGAGGUCCAUACCACGCAUGCUUGCGCCACGUGACCAUUUGCAAAAUCCCUGAUGUCCUCCAUGCUACCGAGGAAUCCAGAAGAAUUGCCUUGACUGACUAUACACUGGCAUUUGGGUUCAGUCAUCGAUUGUCCCAUGGAUUAAAACUCACUGGAGCCCCUCAAUCAUACGUCAAUUGGGAUAGUGAUAUAAUAUGCCCAAUGUCUCUCGAAAGGCAAACUUGCUUAGACUUUUUUCUUGCUGUUCCCGGGUUGUCCAAGAUCGCUCUCAACAUUUCGGACAUUGAUAUGGAUUUGGUGGAUCUUACAAUCAACUCGUGGAUCAAGGAGGUCAUUCUUUACAGUAACUGGUACCCAUUGAAAAAUGUUGAUUUUUCACUCUGGGUCGACCGUUGUGAGGUGGAAUUAAGAGACGAAUGGAAAACCGAAGAGAAAGCGUGGUUAGAAGAGGGUAGGGCUGCGCUUUACCGCCGAUACGAAAAGAUGGAGAGGCGUAAAAAGAGCUCUGACUCCUCUUUGGAUUCCCGCUCGAAUCCCGGACAAGAGCUUUCGAUACAGCCCAUGGAAGAAGAAGAGUUGGCACAGAAGCAUCCUCGGCCCCUUGUGACUUUCAAGCGCUUGUUUGUAAAUGGAAUCGACAUUGAUUCAGAAACGGUGCGAAGGAAUGAAGAAAGAUUCAUUAAUGAAUACAAAAAAGCCAUGGAAGAAACCCAAACUUAA